GUCUUGUCAAAGCUUUGCUGUCCAAAGGAAUCAUAUUCUUCUGCGUCUCACACGACCGAAACGUCACCUUCUUCUUUUUGCCAACAACAAUCAUGGCGGCAACGACGGUUUGGCAGCCCCGAGACGAUGGCCUCGCCGAGAUCUUCACUCUUCUCGAACAACAGAUUUCUCCUUCCUCCGCUGUUGACAAGUCUCAGAUUUGGAAGCAACUUGAGCACUUCUCUCAGUUCCCCGAUUUCAAUAACUAUCUCGUUUUCAUCCUCGUCCGCGCUGAGGGUAAGUCCCUAGCGAUUCGUCAAGCUGCUGGAUUGCUACUGAAAAACAAUUUGAAGCGGGCAUAUCCAUCUAUCGCUCAGGAAAACCAAAGAUACUUCAAGUCAGAGUUGCUGCCCUGUCUAGGAGCUGCGGACAGACAUAUCCGGACAACAGUAGGAACUAUCAUCAGUGAAAUUGUUAAUAUAGAGGGAGUUUCUGGAUGGGUUGAGCUUUUACCAGCUCUUGUAACUUGUUUAGACAGUAAUGAUCUGAAUCACAUGGAUGGUGCAAUGGAUGCAUUGUCAAAGAUUUGUGAGGAUAUCCCACAAGUAUUGGAUUCAGAAGUGCCUGGUUUAGCAGAACGCCCUAUCAACAUUUUUCUGCCUAGGUUUUAUCAGUUUUUCCAAUCGCCCCAUGCUUCUCUGAGGAAGCUUGCCCUGGGUUGCGUUAACCAGUAUGUCAUAAUAAUGCCUGCUGCUUUGUACAAUUCCAUGGAUAAGUACCUUCAAGGGUUGUUUGUCCUUGCCAAUGAUUCUGUAGCAGAAGUCAGAAAAUUAGUCUGCGCAGCAUUUGUGCAUCUGACGGAAGUUCUCCCCUCGUCAAUAGAGCCACAUCUCAGGAAUGUAAUGGAAUACAUGCUACAAGUUAACAAAGACCCUGAUGAAGAAGUGGCUCUUGAAGCAUGUGAAUUUUGGUCUGCAUACUGCGAUGCUCAGCUACCGACAGAGAACCUGAAAGAGUUUCUGCCACGCCUAAUUCCAGUGUUGCUCUCAAACAUGGCUUAUGCAGAUGACGAUGAGUCGCUUUUGGAUGCCGAGGAAGACGAGUCUCAACCCGACAGAGAUCAGGAUUUGAAGCCUCGUUUUCAUACAUCAAGACUUCAUGGAUCAGAAGAUUUUGAUGACGAUGAUGAUGACUCGUUUAACGUGUGGAAUUUGAGAAAGUGCAGUGCAGCAGCUAUUGACGUUCUCUCUAAUGUAUUUGGAGAUGAUAUCCUUCCAGCACUCAUGCCCCUUAUUCAGGCAAAGUUAUCAGCUUCUGGUGAUGAGGCCUGGAAAGAAAGGGAAGCUGCUGUUUUGACCCUUGGGGCUAUUGCUGAAGGCUGCUUUAAUGGUCUUUACCCUCUCUUGUCCGAGAUCGUAGCGUUCCUUCUUCCGCUUUUAGAUGAUAAAUUCCCUCUCAUAAGAAGCAUAUCUUGCUGGACGCUUUCUCGAUUUGGAAAGUAUCUUAUCCAGGAAAUUGUCAAUCCAAAGGGUUAUGAACAGUUUGAAAAAGUUCUUAUGGGUCUUCUCCGCAGACUCUUGGAUUCAAACAAGCGUGUCCAGGAGGCGGCCUGUUCAGCUUUUGCAACUGUUGAAGAGGAUGCUGCUGAAGAGUUAGUGCCACACCUGGGAGUAAUACUGCAGCAUCUAAUGUGCGCCUUUGGAAAAUAUCAGAGGCACAACUUAAGAAUUGUUUAUGAUGCUCUUGGAACACUGGCCGAUUCGGUUAGAGAAGAGUUGAACAAGCCGGCUUAUCUUGAAAUUCUGAUGCCUCCGCUGGUAGCAAAGUGGCAACAACUUUCAAACUCAGAUAGAGAUCUAUUUCCAUUGCUGGAAUGCUUCACGUCUAUUUCUCAGGCUUUAGGUGUAGGGUUCGCUCCAUUUGCUCAGCCUGUUUUCCAGAGAUGCAUGGAUAUCAUCCAACUCCAACACCUGGCGAAGGUUGACCCUGCUUCUGCUGGGGCUCAGUACGACAGAGAAUUCAUUGUUUGUUCCCUUGAUUUGCUUUCUGGACUUGCUGAAGGGCUUGGCAGUGGGAUAGAGUCUCUGGUUUCACCAAGUAAUCUCAGGGAUCUGCUACUCAAAUGUUGCAUGGAUGAAGCUUCUGAUGUCAGACAAAGUGCUUUUGCUCUUAUGGGGGAUCUUGCAAGAGUAUACCCGGCCUACCUACAACCCCGCAUGGCUGAGUUCCUUGAAAUUGCAAGCCAGCAACUGAGUGCAAACCUCAUCAGAGAAAACCUUUCUGUCGCCAAUAAUGCUUGUUGGUUCAUUGGAGAAUUAGCGAUCAAGGUUCGCCAAGAAGUCUCACCAUUUGUGACCAACGUUGUCUCUUCCCUAAGCCGGAUUCUUCAGCAUGGAGAGGCUGUGAAUAAGUCUCUAGUGGAAAACAGUGCAAUGACCCUUGGGAGACUAGCAUGGAUCCGUCCAGACCUUGUCGCACCUCACAUGGAGCACUUCAUGAAGCCGUGGUGCUUGGCCUUGUCAAUGAUACGAGAUGACAUUGAGAAAGAAGAUGCAUUUAGAGGGUUAUGUGCAGUGGUUAAAGUGAAUCCCUCAGGAGGUGUCAGCUCACUUGUUUUCAUAUGCAAAGCCAUUGCAAGCUGGCAUGUAAGUGAAAAGAAAACCAAAUGCGACUCUCUCGUUGCUAAAUUCAAUCUUGUUACCGACCUCCUUUGGAGCUUUUUAUCACAGGAAAUAAGAAGCGAGGACGUCAAUAAUGAAGUCUCUCAAGUUCUGAACGGCUAUAAACAGUUGCUGGGAAACUCAUGGGCGGAAUGUUUGUCUGCUUUGGAUCCUCCUGUAAAAGAAAGGCUUACGAGAUAUAUUUGAUUGUACACCGCUUAGUCUCUCAAAAUCAAAGAGAUUUGCUUUAUCUUAUUCGUUGCAAACAUUAAAUCGAUUUCACAGUUUGCGCAGAAGACGCGUUGUGAACAUUUUUAUUUGCCUGACCUAAUGAAGGGUAAAAGUCACAAGAGAAAGAGAGAAACAGUACAAAGUUUGGGUCUCUGGGGCUCUUAAGAUAUCUUUUACGUCCUGUUUUUUUUUUUAUUUCUUUCUAUUUCUACAUCAAUUAUGAGUCCUUUAUCUUUAACGGGCAACGUAGUAUGGUGGUUGGUUUGAGAAGUUUUGGUUAAGAUUUCUCAACGGAAAGAGGAGAUUCAUUGUACUUCCAACUUGUGUAGACUAUUAUUGGACCUGUGGAUACCAAUAAGAAACACCAAUGUCAUCUGGAUUUUGUGUAUUUUUCUUCUGCCAUUUCCGCUUUGACUUUGGUUUACUGAUCCACUUGUGUUAAAUAUUAACUACAACUGUU